AUGUGGCCGUCAUUUGAGCCAACGUUUGCGCAAACUCUUGCGAAAGCCGUCGACGGUCGCGGCUCUGGCUCUAACGCCCACGCGGUGCUCGGAGGCACGCCCGAGCUUGGUGCCUUGGGUCUACCAAGACAAGGUAAACGCUCCCAUGCAACGGUUAUACUACGCGCUCGAACCGCGUUUGAAUCGCGGUUCGAACCCGGCGAAAAUAAGACGCCCAAUCGCUGCGGAGUGCGGCUGGAAGGUCGGGCCGCGUACAAUUUGUGCGGCCCUGAUAAUGGGGCAUUAGAACGUAUAGCACAACGGCAAUACGCACUCCGACGGCACUCUAGUUUCGUAAGCGAGGCCGGACGGUCAGGCGUGAGCUGCGCGCCGCAGGUCGGGUUCCGCAUGCCGAUACGCUAU